AUGGUGGACCCGAUGACAAAGGUGUCAAUUCUAUCGCCAUUGGCAAUGCUGCAGAUGCAUCACCAUGAGCCUAAGAAGAGCUGGAUCAGCAGGUUGGUUCCUCACUCUGCUCACUCAUUUUCAUGGAGUCAAUUGCGAAUUUGA